GCCCCGCCCACUUUGGGUUUCGAAAUGUUCGCUGGCUGUUCCGAGAAUCAGUCCGGGUCACGUUGGUGCCUCUCCUUUCCUGUUCUGAUUGGUUGCUUACGUGAGCGUGACUACUUUCUUGCCUCAUGAUUGGCUGAAAUCAGUAGCGUCAUCGGCGGCCGGGAGGGCGGAGGGACGAGGGAAGUCGGCGAGAGGGAGACUGGGUUGGGGGAGGGGUUCCGGCCUGUUCCCCGCGGCUGCGGCAGCACCAGCGCCGGCCGCCACCGCCUCUAGAACGCGGAGGAGGUGGGUCCUGGGAAGCGGGAUGUCCAUCGCUCCAGCUUGGUGGUGAAUGCUGAGGAGAGUCACUGUUGCUGCAGUCUGUGCCACCCGGAGGAAGUUGUGUGAGGCCGGGCGGGAGCUCGCGGCGCUCUGGUGAAUCGAAACGCGGGGUCGGUGCGAAGACUCUGCUGCUGCCAGACCCUUUCCUAUUCUGGCCAUGCCUGGAAGGAACAAGGCGAAGUCUACCUGCAGCUGCCCUGACCUGCAGCCCAAUGGACAGGAUCUGGGCGAGAACAGCCGAGUUGCCCGUCUAGGAGCGGAUGAAUCUGAGGAAGAGGGACGAAGGGGGUCUCUCAGUAAUGCCGGGGACCCUGAGAUCGUCAAGUCUCCCAGCGACCCCAAGCAAUACCGAUACAUCAAAUUACAGAAUGGCUUGCAGGCACUUCUGAUUUCAGACCUAAGUAAUAUGGAGGGUAAAACAGGAAAUACAACAGAUGAUGAAGAAGAAGAGGAGGUGGAGGAAGAAGAAGAAGAUGAUGAUGAAGAUUCUGGAGCUGAAAUAGAAGAUGAUGAAGAGGGUUUUGAUGAUGAAGAUGAGUUUGAUGAUGAACAUGAUGAUGAUCUUGAUACUGAGGAUAAUGAAUUGGAAGAAUUAGAAGAGAGGGCAGAAGCUAGAAAAAAAACUACUGAAAAACAGCAAUUGCAGAGCCUGUUUUUGCUGUGGUCAAAGCUGACUGAUAGACUGUGGUUUAAGUCAACUUAUUCAAAAAUGUCUUCAACCCUGCUGGUCGAGACAAGAAAUCUUUAUGGGGUAGUUGGAGCUGAAAGCAGGUCUGCACCUGUUCAGCAUUUGGCAGGAUGGCAAGCGGAGGAGCAGCAGGGUGAAACUGACACAGUUCUGUCUGCAGCGGCUCUUUGUGUUGGAGUUGGGAGUUUCGCUGAUCCAGAUGACCUGCCGGGGCUGGCACACUUUUUGGAGCACAUGGUAUUCAUGGGUAGUUUGAAAUAUCCAGAUGAGAAUGGAUUUGAUGCCUUCCUGAAGAAGCAUGGGGGUAGUGAUAAUGCCUCAACUGAUUGUGAACGCACUGUCUUUCAGUUUGAUGUCCAGAGGAAGUACUUCAAGGAAGCCCUUGAUAGAUGGGCCCAGUUCUUCAUCCACCCACUAAUGAUCAGAGAUGCAAUUGACCGUGAAGUUGAAGCUGUUGAUAGUGAAUAUCAACUUGCAAGGCCUUCUGAUGCAAACAGAAAGGAAAUGUUGUUUGGAAGCCUUGCUAGACCUGGACAUCCUAUGGGAAAAUUUUUUUGGGGAAAUGCUGAGACGCUCAAGCAUGAGCCAAAAAAGAAUAAUAUUGAUACACAUGCUAGAUUGAGAGAAUUCUGGAUGCGUUACUACUCUUCUCAUUACAUGACUUUAGUGGUUCAAUCCAAAGAAACACUGGAUACUUUGGAAAAGUGGGUGACUGAAAUCUUCUCUCAGAUACCAAACAAUGGGUUACCCAGACCAAACUUUGGCCAUUUAACGGAUCCAUUUGACACACCAGCAUUUAACAAACUUUAUAGAGUUGUUCCAAUCAGAAAAAUUCAUGCUCUGACCAUCACAUGGGCACUUCCUCCUCAACAGCAACAUUACAGGGUGAAGCCACUUCAUUAUAUAUCCUGGCUGGUUGGACAUGAAGGCAAAGGCAGCAUUCUUUCUUUCCUUAGGAAAAAAUGCUGGGCUCUUGCACUGUUUGGUGGAAAUGGUGAGACAGGAUUUGAGCAAAAUUCUACUUAUUCAGUGUUCAGCAUUUCUAUUACAUUGACUGAUGAGGGUUAUGAACAUUUUUAUGAGGUUGCUUACGCUGUCUUUCAGUAUUUAAAAAUGCUGCAGAAGCUAGGCCCAGAAAAAAGAAUUUUUGAAGAGAUUCGGAAAAUUGAGGAUAAUGAAUUUCAUUACCAAGAACAGACAGAUCCAGUUGAGUAUGUGGAAAACAUGUGUGAGAACAUGCAGCUGUACCCAUUGCAGGACAUUCUCACUGGAGAUCAGCUUCUUUUUGAAUACAAGCCAGAAGUCAUUGGUGAAGCCUUGAAUCAGCUAGUUCCUCAAAAAGCAAAUCUUGUUUUACUGUCUGGUGCUAAUGAGGGAAAAUGUGACCUCAAGGAGAAAUGGUUUGGAACUCAAUAUAGUAUAGAAGAUAUUGAAAACUCUUGGGCUGAACUGUGGAAUAGUAAUUUCGAAUUAAAUCCAGAUCUUCAUCUUCCAGCUGAAAACAAGUACAUAGCCACGGACUUUACGUUGAAGGCUUUCGAUUGCCCGGAAACAGAAUACCCAGUUAAAAUUGUGAAUACUCCACAAGGUUGCCUGUGGUAUAAGAAAGACAACAAAUUCAAAAUCCCCAAAGCAUAUAUACGUUUCCAUCUAAUUUCACCCUUGAUACAGAAAUCUGCAGCAAAUGUGGUCCUCUUUGAUAUCUUUGUCAAUAUCCUUACGCAUAACCUUGCGGAACCAGCUUAUGAAGCAGAUGUGGCACAGCUGGAGUAUAAACUGGUAGCUGGAGAACAUGGUUUAAUUAUUCGAGUGAAAGGAUUUAACCACAAACUACCUCUACUGUUUCAGCUCAUUAUUGACUACUUAGCUGAGUUCAAUUCCACACCAGCUGUCUUUACAAUGAUAACUGAGCAGUUGAAGAAGACCUACUUUAACAUCCUCAUCAAGCCCGAGACUUUGGCCAAAGAUGUACGGCUUUUAAUCCUGGAAUAUGCCCGUUGGUCUAUGAUUGACAAGUACCAGGCUUUGAUGGACGGCCUUUCCCUUGAGUCUCUGCUGAGCUUCGUCAAAGAAUUCAAAUCCCAGCUCUUUGUGGAGGGCCUGGUACAAGGGAAUGUCACAAGCACAGAAUCUAUGGAUUUCCUGAAAUAUGUUGUUGACAAACUAAACUUCAAGCCUCUAGAGCAGGAGAUGCCUGUGCAGUUCCAGGUGGUAGAGCUGCCCAGUGGCCACCAUCUAUGCAAAGUGAAAGCUCUGAACAAGGGUGAUGCCAACUCUGAAGUCACUGUGUACUACCAGUCAGGUACCAGGAGUCUAAGAGAAUAUACGCUUAUGGAGCUGCUUGUGAUGCACAUGGAAGAACCUUGUUUUGACUUUCUUCGAACCAAGCAGACCCUUGGGUACCAUGUCUACCCUACCUGUAGGAACACAUCCGGGAUUCUAGGAUUUUCUGUCACUGUGGGGACUCAGGCAACCAAAUACAAUUCUGAAGUUGUUGAUAAGAAGAUAGAAGAGUUUCUUUCUAGCUUUGAGGAGAAGAUUGAGAACCUCACUGAAGAGGCAUUCAACACCCAGGUCACAGCUCUCAUCAAGCUGAAGGAGUGUGAGGAUACCCACCUUGGGGAGGAGGUGGAUAGGAACUGGAAUGAAGUGGUGACACAGCAGUACCUCUUUGACCGCCUUGCCCACGAGAUUGAAGCACUGAAGUCAUUCUCAAAAUCAGACCUGGUCAACUGGUUCAAGGCCCAUAGAGGGCCAGGAAGUAAAAUGCUCAGCGUUCAUGUUGUUGGAUAUGGGAAGUAUGAACUGGAAGAGGAUGGUACCCCUUCUAGUGAGGAUUCAAAUUCUUCUUGUGAAGUGAUGCAGCUGACCUACCUGCCAACCUCUCCUCUGCUGGCAGAUUGUAUCAUCCCCAUUACUGAUAUCAGGGCUUUCACAACAACACUCAACCUUCUCCCCUACCAUAAAAUAGUCAAAUAAACUGCAGUCGCGUUGGCCUGAA